AUGACUUCCUUUAAACCAAGAUACAGUAAUAGAUAUGGUAGAAAGAACUACUUUGUAACCAAACCAUCCUACGUACAUAAACACAGACACCAUAAACACAGAGAACCAACCAGGAAAUAUGUAUAUGUGGAAGAACCAGAAAGUGAAGAAGAAGAAGACUUCAGUUCCGAUGAAGAAGAUGAAGAAGAAGUAUAUGAAUUCAAUCUUCACAAUGCUGCUGAUUCCGAUGAAGACGAAGAAGAAGACGAAUAUGACACUGAUGAAGUUGUUGAUAUGAAUGAUGAAUUAGAAAAUGAAGCUGUUGAAGAUUUAGAUGCUCAUGGUGAAGUAUAUGACUUAAAUGAUCAAUUAGUCAGAUAUUACGAUGAUGAAAGUUCUGACGAAGAUAUUUUCGACGAUUAUUCUGAAGAAGAAGAAGAAGAAUCAGAUGUUGAACCUCAAGAUAUCUUAGAUAUUGUCGAUUUGAAUGACCAAUUACAAGCCCAAGCUUUAGAGCAAAUGGUUGCUGAAGACUUCUCAUACACUUCUUCUUCAGACUCCGAAGAAGAAUAUUCCGAUAUUGAAUACUCAGCUGAUCCAAAGGAAUUAAAACAACAAUUAUUACUCGAAAAUGUCAGACAAGCAUUCGAAGAACAAUUAGUCAGUGAUGAUGAAAUCUCUGAAGAUGAAGAUUCUGAAUUAGGUUCAGAACCAGAAUAUUUUGAAGUUGCUAGUGAUUAUUCUGAAGGUGAAAGUGAUGAUGAUGAAUAUGACGCUGGAAAUCCAGAUAAUUACGAUUUCGAUGAUGACAGCUCUGACUCUUCUGAUGACGAAGGUAUUACUAUCUAUAAACACAGAUUCGACUUACCACAAGAUGAAGAAGAUGAAGAUUCAACGGAUGACGAAUUGGUUGCAUUCACUGAAGAUGAAGAUGAUGAAGAAGCAACUUAUGAAUUAUACGAUGAAGAUGGAUUAUUAAAAGCUGAAGAUAGUGAUGACGACUAUGAUAUCAUCAAUUUAGAAGAAGAAUUAGCUAAUAGUAAAGACUGUGAAUUGGUUGAAUUAGAUGACCAUACUUAUAAAUUGACUGUGAGAUUACCUUCAUUAGUUAAAGAAGAAUUGAAAAUUGAUUUCUUAAAAAACGAAAAUGAAUUACUUCUACUUCUUGAGGAGGAAGAUGACGACGAAGACGAAAUUGAAGCUGAAGUUGUCUUGGAAGAAGUUGACAGUGACAAAGAAGAAGAAGCUCCUUCUGGCGAACAGGUUGACAAAGAAGAUGAAGAAGAAGAAGAAGAUGAUGAUGACUAUGAAUUCGAAAGUGAUGCUGAUGAAACACGUGAAUUCGAAUGGUCAGGAUUUGAAGGUCAAGAUGAUGACUUAAACAUCAAGCAAUAUGACGAUCUCAGCCAGGAAGAUGACGAAGAUGAAGAAGAUGAUGAAGAUUAUGAAGAUGAAGAAGAUGACGAAGACGAUGAAGAAAUACAAGAAGAUGUAGAAUCUUUAAUCAAAGAAUAUAAGAAUCAAGAAAUUAGUUUUGAAAAACAUGUCCAAUUCGACAAAUUGAUCAAAUUUAAUCAAAUCAAAGCAAGAUUCAUCAAUGACGAUGAAUUAGAAUUAAUCAUCCCUAAUGAAAACAAAACUGCAGACCAAGCCAAUACUUAUUCCAUUGCCAUUGCUCCUUUUGAAGAAGAAAGUACUACUGAUGAAAUUGAAGAAAAUGAACCAGCUUCCACUGAACAACAUGAAGAAUUCCAAGAUGCUUCAAUGGAACACUAG